ACCGAAAUCGGCUCAACAUUGUCUUAUCGAUUUAUUUCAUACUCAAAACAAGAAUUAUUGUUUCUCGAUAAAUUAAUAUAAUUUGUCAAACAAAUUUAUAUGUAUUUAAAUACGUAAUUAUGGUCGUUUCUUGAGAAAAAUUAAGGUUCACAACAAAAAUAGAGGAGAAAGCAAAGGAAAAGUUUUUAAUUACGUAUAUGCCUAUAUUUCGCAUGGCAAACAUGAGCUUUGGUGCCACUGUGCAGACACAGUCGAGCGAUAAGAUAAGCCUGUAGUAGAUAUAACUGUAGCAUGGCAUCGAUUACCCGCCAGAUAUCAACAAAUGCGAACUUUGCUAUGCGACUUUUACAGCUGCAUUUGUCCCCAUCCAAGUUUUCCUCGACGUUCAUUCUAUACGUCCCAUGGCUGCAAGAUUUUGAUGAUUAACUAUUGGCAAGCGAGAUCUUCUAGCAACAGCUGUAAUCUUAUCGACAAUUAGAAGAGAGAGCAGGGCGACCAUCUAGAGUGCUCAGCCACUUGACGUUAGCGGCGAGCAUUAUCAGAGAGUACCGAAUGAUUAGCCAUAAAAUGGCAAGAUUAGAGGCAACUGAUUAGUGGCCAGAAAUGGAGAAUUGGGCAAUUUCAGUAGUUGCACAGUUGCCACGACGCACGGUCGAGAUCCGUACAGAAGCAGGUUAUGGCCGAGAUACGUCCAAUCAGCGCCGAGUUGCGCCAAGUAGCCGAAACGGAGCUGAACGAAGUGCCGUCGCGCUUGCCCGACGACCUGAAAGCUCUGCGGGAUUGGCUAGCCAAGCAGCCGCACCUGAAGGCACGCCAGGAUGCUCAGUUCCUGGUUGCCUUUCUGCGCGGCUGCAAGUUCAGCCUAGAGAAGGCCAAGUCCAAGCUGGACUACUUUUACACGCUGAAGACCAUGAUGCCGGAGGUGUUCGCCAAUCGUCAAAUGGACGAGAGGAACAUUGCGGUGUGUCGUGCAGGCACAUACGUGCGCCUGCCCAAGCCCUUCGGCCCUGGCGGACCGCGCAUUCAGUUGACGGACUACUCGAACUUCGAAUCGAACGGCUUUAAGUUGAUCGAUCUGUUCCGGUAUCAGACGACGCUGCUGGAGCACCUGGUGCGCGAGGAUGACAACGCCGUCAUCAGUGGCACCAUCGAGAUAAUCAACAUGUCCAAGAUGAGUCUCAGCCUGGUUGCCCAAAUGGACAUUUCGCUCAUCAAGAAAAUGGGCGUGUUCGCCGAUAAGGGCACUCCCAUCCGGCUAAAAGGCGUCCACUUGGUCAACUGCCCCAAGGAGGCGUUAACUGUGCUCAAUCUGGGCAGAAGUCUUAUGCCCGCUAAACUACAAAAUCGAUUCCAUGUGCACAGGAAUAUGGAGGAACUCUCUCAGAUAAUUCCACGCGAAUAUAUGCCAGAGGAGUAUGGAGGCAGCAAUGGGCGUAUUGCUGAUAUCGUGGCACAGGCGGAGCAGGAUAUGCUUAGCUAUAGCAAUUACUUAAAGGAGGAGAGUAACUAUGGCGUUGACGAACAGCUGCGACCGGGUAAACGUCUAACAGCCGACUCGCUAUUUGGGAUUGAGGGCUCCUUCCGCAAACUGGACAUCGAUUAGAUUAGCUCACAUUGAACUGAAAUUAAAAUUAAAGGAAACCCCCUUAAA